AUGGCAGUUGUUAUUAGAUAUGUGAACAAACAUGUAGAGGUGAUUGAACGAUUUAUGGUUGUAGUUCAUGUUGCAACAACUACAGCUGCUUGUUUGAAGGAGGCAAUCGACUCUUUAUUUACUAAGUAUGGUUUGUCAGUGGCGAGAUUGAGGGGUCAAGGAUAUGAUGGUGCUUCAAAUAUGUUUGGAGAAUUUAAUGGCUUAAAGUCACUGAUAAUGAAAGAAAAUCCGUAUGCAUUGUAUGUUCAUUGUUUUGCUCAUCAACUCCAGCUAGUGGUUGUAGUUGUUGCUCAAGCAAAUCAAUAUGUUUGUGAUUUCAUGUGGAUUGUUAGUUCGAUUGUGAACACAUCGGCAUCAUCUUGCAAAAGGGCCGACAAACUUCGACAACUUGAACAUGACAGAAAAGUUAAACUUCUUGAAAGAGGAGAGAUUAGUUCUGGUAGAGGACUAAACCAAGAAACUAGUCUAGCUAGACCUGGAGAUACACGAUGGGGGUCUCAUCAUUCAACUUUAUGUCGUAUUGAAAAAAUGUGGCCAUCUGUUAUAGAGGUUCUUCAAAAUUUGAUUGAUGAUGGCGAUCGUUCUUCUAAGGGUUUAAGUAGAACUUUGGUUGAAAGAAUGGAGAGGUAUGAAUUUGUGUUUAUUCUACUAUUGAUGAAACGUAUAUUGGCAAACACAAAUCAUUUGUCAACCGUUCUACAAGAGAAAGAUCAAAAUAUUGUGAAUGCGAUGCAUUUGAUCAAUAAUGUGAAAUGCAAAUUGCAAAAGUUGAGAGAUUCUAGAUGGGAUAUUUUACUUGAGGAUGUGAAGAAGUUUUGUAACACUCAUUCCAUUGAAAUAAUUAAUAUGACAGAUAACAUCAACAGCCGUAGUCGUUUGAAGAGAGAUGGAAAAAAUGAUGAUUUUUCUUGGAGUGAGCGUAUGUUGGUUGAACAAGAGCUUGAAACAUAUAUUGAUGACAUCAUAUCAGAUGAACGGUUUGAAGGCAUUUUAGAUUUGGGAGCUCUUGCAAAGAAAAUGAUUGAAACAAUGAAGAAUCGUGUGUUUCCUUUGGUUUAUCGGAUGAUUGAGCUAGCCUUACUUCUUCCAGUUGCUACUGCAACCGUUGAAAAAGUGUUUUCGGCAAUGAAUAUUGUCAAAACAGAUUUGCGAAAUAGGAUUGGAGAUGAAUGGAUGAAUGAUAGUUUGGUAGUCUAUAUCGAGAAAGAUAUUUUUAAUACUGUCGGCAAUUAG